UUAAUUUAGGGCUGAAACCAGUGAAAUGUGUCAACCGUUAAAGAUACGAGUGGUAAAAGGAUCUGCUUUUAUUGAUUUCAGUUUGCAAACAUACACUAAGAAUGUAUUUAUGAUAUCUCACAACCCUGAACGUGCUAAUCUCUGCUAUGGAGUCAAACAGUGUCCCGAGGGGCUUGGCGAAAUCAAUUGUUUAGGUCAUUUAAAAAUAAUGUAAUCUAUGCAAAUAAAUGUAAUUUAUGCAUUGUACCAAAGCUUAGGUAUAUACACCACAAUCGAUUUUCCAAAGUAUACGAUUAGAGAGGUUGCGCUCAAUUACGUACAGUCUAGCAUGUUUGAUGAGCAAAUUAAUAUGGUGAGUUUGUACACUUUAAAAUCCGUAAAAUAUUUAUUUUAUAUUUUUUUAUAUAUUUAUUUUUACAGUAUUAUCUUAUUAUUUAUAAGCUUAUCAUUUUUUAAUUGCGGAUCGCUAUGAUUUAAAUGGACUGAUUAUUUAUUGAACAAAGGGUUAACUUGAAAACGGUUUGGAACACUUCCUCGCGGCGCACAUAGUUUUGCUUAAAAUUCUCCGAAAUCGUGUAAAAUGUGUGGCGGAGUUUAGCUUGAUUUCGCGAUGAUGGAGCUAAAAUUGGAAACCCCUGUCAGUUGUCCACAAUACUUGAAAAAUAUGUUAAAAGAAAAAGAAAAGGAAGUGAAAGAUGUUAGUAAGUAAUUGGGAGACAUUACCUGCUGAAAUCUACGUAAAUAUAUUUCAAAAUUUGACGAACGAUGACCGUUUAAACGCAGCCCAAGUGUGCAAAACAUGGAACAAGUGUAUGAAGUCACCACAGUUGUGGUACACUGUGGAGGUAGAUUUCCAAAAAGGCUUAUGUGACGUCAACUUACGAGAUAUCGCAAAAAACUACGGUGAAUUUUUUCGUCAUUUACACAUCAAAUGUCACCAGCGAGCUGCAGAUAACUGCAGAAAUAGCGGAAACUUCGUUCAAGAUUUAGCAAGAAAAAAACGGUUGGAAUUACAAGAAUUCAAAUUAGAAUUUUGCGAACAAAACCCUUUCUUUUUCUCUGGAAGAUGUUAUCUAGAAAACCUGCAGGACUUUUUCAACACUAAAUCCUUGUGUUACAUCACUAAAAUUGAUUUAUCCAAAUUUCCAAUCGCGAUAACAGACGAGUUUUUGAAGACAAUAACCAAAUGUCACGCCUCUUAUCUUGAGGUGUUGAACAUUCAAAACAACACAUUGGUCUAUCAGAUAUCACGUGCUAUGCUAGUCGCAUUUGUAAAGAAAGCUCGUCGUCUACAAUACCUGUAUGUCCAAGCUAUAUGUUUUUGUAGCGACGUAUUAAGAGCGUUUGGAAAUGCAGAUAGAGCCGAAGUUCAAUUUAUUUCUCUUCUGUUUACAAGUGCUGCAAAGUAUUCCAGAUUUGUUACCGACGAGGAAUGGUUGAUGAUAAAAAAGAAAUCUCCUAAUUUAAAACUUGAAGUUUGGUUCAACCACACUUGUCCAUUGCAGUUAACAUAUCGAGUUUUAGUCCCAGAAGCUCCUGUUUCUAUAUUGAAAUUAUGUUUAUACUCAAUUGUUAUUGACCACAUCAACUUGGUUUCAUCAAUCUACUCAACCACAUUAGAAUCUCUUUGCAUUUAUACGACAACAAGUCAUGAGUUAGACAAUGCUGUUCUUAAUCUUGUAAAAGAAUGUAAAAAGUUGACAGUAUUGGACGUGGUGUGUAAAAUGAAUGAUGAUGUUGUCAAAGAGAUUCUUCAACUCAAACAACUGAAAGAAUAUACAUUGACUACUGAAAAAUAGUUACUAAUAGAUGUUUCAAGAACAGGUGUUUAAGUUGUAUUCGUCAACUAGUUGGUUUUACUAAGAAGUCAUUGCUGUUUUUUUAAAAAAAUAUUGUUGCGUAAAGGGGGAUUUUCACGAAGCGAAUUGAACGGCGAAUUCGAUGGCGAAUUCGAUUUUUAAUUUUCACGACAAAAUAAAUAAGGCGCAAAAUUCAUUGUUUACAUUAGUUAACCGCGUUCUGAUUGGUAAAAAUCUAGCAGCGAAACCUUUAGCCGCUAAAAAGUAGGAACUGUUUCUACUUUUCAGCGAAGCGAAUAUUUCGAUGCAAAAUCAAAACAAACAAAACUGCGCAUGCUCAGAUACAAUUCGCCAUCGAAUUCGCCGUUCAAUUCGCUUCGUGAAAAUCUCCCUUAAGAAACAAACUCUUUUGCGACGGGAUUUUGCAACGUGUUUGUACGUCUUUGUUACCGCCUUUUUUUAUCAUCAUUUAACACUGUAGCCUUCGAUACGCUUAGAU